UGACGCUCAAUUUAAACCACUCACUCCCACAAGACUGCUACAGCUCAGUCUUCCGUCUAUGUGUUGAUCUUAGUAGUGUUCGUGUAGUGCUGUUGUGUCAAACUGUAUUUGUAUUAUUAUGUAUGAGAUAAAAAUACUCGGUUAAAACUGUUUUCUGUGAGCGAACAAUACGACGAUAGUUAAAGGAAAAUGGCAGCAGUGAGCUUUCCUGAGUGGUUAACUGGUGAUUUCCUUCAAUCCUGUCUCGAGUCCGACAAAGACAACUUUGGUGGGAUUACUGUGACAAGUCACGAGCUCGAGUGUGCCGUCGCCCCUGGAAACAACUACGGAAGUGAUAUAAUUAGGGCAAAUAUCCGGUAUAAGAAACCCAAUGAGCACACUACUGAACAUUCUAUAUCUUUAAUCUUAAAAGCACCUCUGUCUGGAGAUUCUGUUGUAGUGCAACAGCUGGGAGACAUCUUGAAACAAGUGUGCCUCAAUGAGGUAAAGUAUUAUUGCGAGUUUAUCUCUGAAACUUACAAACUUCUCAGGCACGACGUUGUCCCUAAACAUUACAAAUCUCCUAAUCCGUUAUGUUUGGUAAUGGAAGAUCUUAGUGUAUCGGGCUUUAAAAUGGUUGAUCGCCGCAAACUCCUCGAUUUCGACCACUGCAAACUUUUCACAGAGGCUUCAGCUAAGCUUCACGCUCUUGGGGUUGCUGUGCACAGAAGUAAUCCUGAAUUGAUUGAAAGUUUUGAUACGGACAGUAUAACAGUGAAUGAAAAAUUCAAAGUGUCGAUGGCAAACUCACUUCUCUGUAUGGCUGCUUAUUUGGAGGACAAACCGGACUACAGAAAACAGUUUCAGGUCAUCAUAGCAGCCAGUGAGAACGAUGUGUUUUGGACAAUUUAUAAAAAUAUGUUGGACGACUACAAAUCAAAAGCCCUUAGAACUCUAACACAAGAUGAUCCGUGGUGCACGAAUAUGAUGUUUAAAUAUGACAACUCCGGAGAACCUGUGGGAAUAAAAAUCCUGGAUUUCCAGAGCGUUAAAUUGAACUAUCCUCUACUUGAGUUUGUUAUGUUCUUGACAGUAUCAGCCAACAUGGAAGUACGUGAAAAUAGAUUAAAUGACCUGUACCAAAUGUACUGCGACUUACUGAAUGGCAAUCUUGCAAAAUUAGGAUGCCCUGAAAAGUUGUCUAUAGAAGAGUUGGAAACAGAACUAACUCAUCUUAGUCCAUUAAUGUUCUAUUGGGUUUGUGGUUUGCCUAUGACUUUAACUGACUCUGCUGUGGAUAUGGAAGAAUAUUUAACAGUCAGAUAUUCAUCUGAAUCUGUCAAGGACAGUUAUUUCUACAAAACAGCUUACACAGGGCUUUAUUUUGACAUGUAUUAUCCACAGAUUCUUGAUGUGUAUGGCAAGCUAGGUGUUUACGAUUAUAUAUCGGAAAAAGUUAAAGAAAUAAAAUCUAAAAUGUAAGUAACUUUUUCUUGCCUAAUAUACAAUAUAUAAAUAUCUAUUGAGGUCUCUUAAUUUGUAAUGUACUCGUAAAGUUGUUUGUUAUGAAUAGCACAAAUAUUUAGUUGUAGCAUAUGCCUUAUAGUUAAUUAUAUUUAGUAAAUAUCCAAUUAAAGUAAGAAUUGUUUCAAAAAAUUCAAAAUAAAAAUUUUAUUUCCUCCUUUAACAAAAUUAUAUAAAUUUUUCCCACGUAGGAAAAGGAUCAUGAUAUUCUAAACUAUUGACUCAGAAAUGUUUAACUAAGUGGAAGUAUUUAGAUAGUAAACAUCCGAUAAGAUUGUUCAAUUUACUUAUUGUUUUAGGUAAAUGCCUCAAAAAACCUUAAUAAGUAAAAUAUUAUUAUUUUUUAUUAUCAGCUGAGAUCAAUAGUUAUAAUUUUGAAUAAAAAUCUAAAGUAUAAAUAAUUCUAGAUAAAAAUUUCACACUUCGAACAGAAAGUUAUUUUUUAUCUAUGAUGUGUUCAAAAAUGUCUUAAAUGUUAUCUGCAAAAAAUCUUUUAACAUAUCAUUUUGAUUAUGUUUUACACAAGGUGCCCGAAGCUAAAAAAAAGACUAAUUUCUCAAGUUAUGAUUUAAUCCCUGAUACGUGUACAAUUAUAAUUUUAAAAUAACACCGUUUUGUAUGUAAAUUUAGACACCAGUAUAAGUGUUACUACCAAGCACAAGUUGUUCAUAAACACGAUGGUUUAAUAUUAAGUUAAUUGAUAAUUUAGACUUGUAUCUUUAAUGUAGUUAUGACCAGAUAUUAUAGGGAAAAGGCUUUCAUUGCUUUCAAGGUAACGAUAGUUGAUAAUAGUAUUGCUAAACUUGUUAGGCAUAUAGAUUCUUUUUAUAAGUAACGUUAAUAAGAUCAUAUGUAUUGUGUUGUGUGAUGUUGUAUGUAUACAUUCGGAUAUAAUAUAUUUUGUAACUAUUUAUUAAGCAUUACCAAGAUAGGAGUACGCAACAUAUUACAAGUCUAUAGCUCAUUUCAUUUGGCUACCAUUUUACUCAGUUUGUUUUAAAAUUUAUUUAUUCUACCAGUUUUCUCGUUGCCAUCAUGAUUUACUCAUAACACCAGUGUACAAAUAUACGCUAACGCUCAGUCAAAUCACAUGAGUCAAUUAGCGAAAUCGAUGUUGCUUACGAAGAAAUGAAGCUCGAGAUAUCUGCACAAAGAUGGAAAUUGUGCUGCCCUCUCGAGGCUUCGCAAAUGCUCAAUCAAUCACAUAGCAUCUUCUUGCGUUUACAAACUUACCACACUUUGUCUAUGACAACUUUUCUUCUCCAGUUAGGUAUUUUUUGUAAAAUUAUUUUCAGUGUCUGUACGUAUUCUUGUAUGCAAUGAUUAGUUUUAAGUGCGACCUUUUGAAGCUAAUAAGCGACCUAUAAACAACUUUUUAAAUUUGGUAUUUAAAAUGAAUUUCGUAGCUACUCAAAUUUCAUGCCCUCCAAAUUUAGUUCGGCUUGCGAACGGUUCCAUUCUUAGAGGAACACCUCAAACAUUUUACGAAACGUUUACUCGUAUAUUGCUUUCUUUAAAAGUGAAGAUUGAUUCUCACCCCAUAGUGUAAGUGCCUCCGUGUAUAAAACAACAAUUCCGAUUUUCAUUGUUGUAGUGACCGUAACAUUUAAGUAUUACUAAGGCUAGAAGAUACAUAUAUCUUAGUGAUAUUCAGAACAGUUUAUUAUUCAUAAUCGAGUAAGACAGACUACAGCAAUAUAACAUUUCGCCUGUAUGAGGUCUGCACAUGUGAGAGAGCGCGUCUGGGUGCACUUCACCCACUAACAUACCUGCUAGCAUACUUUCUUUUGCUUUUGGUAUUCAAAAAUGAAUGACACAAUACGUUUUCAACUAGUGAUUAAUUUUACUCUAAAAUAUCUAAAUAUUAUAUUUUAAUGUUUUUUAUUGUUACUGAGUUUUAAAUACUGUCCAUAUUUUGGUGAACAUUUUCAUUUAAGAAAAAUUAUGUUUAAUUAACUGGAACCGUCAUUGGGAUGGCCAUCUAAAUGUUUUUGCACAAAUUCAACGUUUUAUAUAUGUUUAGAACAUUUUUUUUUAUUUUAAAUUUAAAUUUUAAUUAUGAUUAAGGCAAAACAAACACAUUUUUUUAAAAAUAACCUAUUUGCUGAACAAGCAUCCUCAAGUGAAGUAUUACUCAUUACAUUUGUAAUUCCUUACUCAAGGACGGUUUGUUAUUCAACAUUGUUUACCUAGACAUGUUAUUUUUGAGCGUACAGCGCUUCUUUAUUCUGAUUUAGAGUGCCUUCUGUAAACUUACACAGCAAGGUUUAAAAAUAAACAUAAUACUGCUUAAAUUGAAAGAAGUAUACAUAAAACUUAAAAAAAUAUUAUAAACAUGUUAUACACACAAAUAAAUUAUAAAAUACCAAAUAUUGAAAUAGACAAAAUCAAGUUAAUUUAAUUUUUUUCUUAGUGAUUACAUUCUUGGAUAUUCGUCGUUGGGCGGUGGGGAGGGUUCAUAAGAAGUUGACUUCCAUUCUUAUGCAAGCAUUUUUAUUAUUAUAUUCUUUCAGUUUGUAUAUACAUAAGGUACCAAGAUGCGGUACAGAACUCAAUAAUUUGGAACUGAUGAAUAAUUGCAAAUAAAUUGAACUAUUUGGUACAUAAAGCAUUGCACGCAUUCUCAGGAACGUUUGUGUAAUAUUUGCUAAGUAACAUGUCAUAGUCUCAACAAUCAGCUGAUACUACUUUAAAAGCUCAGUCACUUUCAUCAUCAGAGUUAUAGAACCUUUCAUACUUUUUAUUAGAUAUUUUUUUUUUUUUACUUGUAGUUGACGUGAUAACUGUUGGUCACUGCAUACCUGUCACCUGACAAAUUUAAAGUGUAAAGUAAAUUCAAUAGACGUUGAUGAAAUGUUUUAAAUACAUCCGUAAACUAUUAGAAAUAAAAGUUACAUCAUAAUCUAGAGAUUUACAACAUGAAGCCUACAUAUACCAGUUAAUUUGUUAAAUCAUUACAAUGUUAUAAGAAGAGAAAAACAUAACACAUUUAAGCAUAUAUUAGGAGAUUGUAUAGUUAACGGAGUGCUAUUUUAAAUUGAAGAGUUUUGCAACAUGUACAUAUAUAUUGUGUAAAAUGAUUGUGUAGUACGUAAGGUCUAUUUUUAAGAAGUCAUGUUUAUUAGAAUGUACAAAUUACACUAUUCAUUGUAAACUAAUGUACAUUUUGUAUGAAUAAAGCUAUUUGAGAUUGAAAUACUAA